GAAAAGAAAAGAAGAGAAAUAAGAAAACCCAAAAAAUAAGCGAUGAAUUGAGGAAGAAGCGAACGGGGCCAAUUGCCGUUGGGGAUCAGGCGACCUGUCUCCGUCUCUCGCGCGGCCAAGUCCCGGAGCCAAAUCGAGACCCGCAACAAAAACCUCCGAUUACCGCCGUUCACAUCGCCUACGAGAAUCAGAGCAAAGUUCCAGGAUCAUCGAUCCAACACGAAGAAUUCUCGUUGCGUCCGUCCGUCCGUCGCCUUCUCCGAUUCCAUUUGGCGAUAAGUUUAGUUCAGCUGUUCGAUUCAUGGAUGUGCCGAGCUCAUGGGACGCCCUCCGCAAGCAGGCAAGAAAUCUCGAAGCUCAGUUGGACGAGCAGAUGAAUUCAUAUAGGAGGAUUGUCUCUGCAAAGGCUUCUUCUAAAGCUGAUGCAACAGAGACAGAUGUUGAAACUGGGAUAGAUCGACUACUGAAACAGCUUGAACAAGUAAAUAUACAAAUGCAAGCUUGGGUAUCAUCUGGAGGAUCGGAGAUGGUUUCUCAUACUUUGACACGGCAUCAAGAAAUUCUACAAGAUCUUACGCAGGAGUUCUAUCGACUUCGAUCCAGCCUAAGAGCUAAACAAGAGCAUGCCUCACUCCUUGAGGAUUUUAGGGAGUUUGAUAGGACAAGGCUGGACUUGGAAGAUGGCCACGGUUCACCAGAGCAAGCCCUUCUUAAGGAGCGUGCAACCAUUGGAAGAAGCACAGGACAGAUGGAUAAUGUCAUAUCUCAAGCACAUGCGACACUUGGUGCCCUUGUUUUGCAACGUUCCACUUUCGGGGGCAUCAAUUCAAAACUUAGCAAUGUUAGCAGCCGCCUCCCAUCGGUUAAUCAAAUUCUCUCGGCAAUAAAGAGGAAAAAGUCUAUGGAUACGAUCAUACUCUCUCUUGUUGCUUCCGUUUGCACAUUUCUCAUUUUCAUAUAUUGGCUGAGCAAGUAACGGUGCCAUUUUUAGCAUUUCUAGUGGGUUGCCAGUAUGGGCCAAUUUCUCGAUAUUUUGUAAUUAGUUUUUCUGUAGAAUGCCUCAACUGUCUUUCUAUACCUUUUCUUUAUCCUCCAAAUGGAUGCUGUAUCUGCAUUUUACUGUUUAUAAAGAUAAUACCAGAUGCACUUCAAGGCUUUUGGGUCCACCA